UGAAAUUGCCAUUUGCCUUUGCCACAUUAAAAGAUAGAGUCGGUGGCAGGCAUUUCCUCUCUUUCUUAAUCUUCUUUCUUCAGUUGAGAAUUUAGCCAUCCAUUUCUUUCAGUUGCUGCUGUUGUUCUUUCUCUCCUUUUUGUUUUUUAUUUUUGGGUUCUAAGAAUUGUAAAUAAUCCAAGAAAAAUCCAAAUUUGACAAUCAUUUUCGAACCCCCCCCUUGCAUUUCGCCUUAAUCUUUCCUUCUUAAUACCCACAUUUUCUCUGAUUCUCUCACUCUAUUUUGGGUUUUCUUUUUUCUUUUUGUUUCUUUCGUUUCCUAUUACGAGGGGUUUUUGUUUUUCCCUUUUGAAUUUGAGAAGCUAUAAUAAUAAUAAUAAUAAUAAUAAACAGAAAAAAGAAGCAGAGGAAAAUGGCGUCUAAUAUAGGAAUGAUGGAUAGUGCUUACUUCGUUGGAAGAAAUGAGAUUUUAACAUGGAUCAAUAACAGGCUUCAGCUUAAUCUCUCUCGUAUUGAAGAAGCUGCAUCUGGUGCUGUACAAUGUCAGAUGAUAGAUAUGACCUAUCCGGGAGCAGUGCCAAUGCACAAGGUGAAUUUUGAUGCAAAGUCCGAAUAUGAUAUGAUCCAAAAUUACAAGGUUCUGCAAGAAGUAUUCAACAAGUUGAAAAUCGAUAAGCAUAUUGAAGUCAAUAGACUUGUUAAAGGCAGACCUUUGGACAAUCUGGAGUUCUUACAAUGGCUGAAACGGUAUUGUGAUUCUGUGAAUGGUGGAAUCAUGAAUGAGAAUUAUGAUCCUGUUGAAAGAAGACUUAAAGGUGGAAAAGAGCGGAACUUGAAGGGUUCUCUUAAGAGCUCAAAAUCUCUGCAGGCAAACAAUCUCCAUAACCUUGCCUCUGGAGAUGCAGCUGGCAUUAAUAAAAACACUGUUUCCAAGCAAGGUAAGACUGGUGUAGCAGCAGCUUCAAGUGAGGUCCGGGCUUUGUCCAAGGAGAUUACCGAUUUGAAACUCUCGGUUGACCUCUUGGAAAAGGAAAGAGAUUUUUACUUCGCCAAACUGCGGGACAUUGAAAUACUUUGUCAGUCUACCAAAGUGGAGAAUCAUCCGAUGGCAGUAGCAAUAAAGAAAAUACUGUAUGCGGCUGAUGCAAAAGAAUCAGCACUUGACGAAGCUCAAGAGUUUAUUAGCCAAUCUGUUGAUAAUGGUGAAACUGAAGAGGCAAAUGAAGAGGAAACCGACUGAAGAAAAAACCCUUAAUGAUUGUGAAUUGAACUAAAUUGAAGUCAUGAACUGAAUGUCUUACAUUUAAUAAUUGAUAAGGAAAACCUGCUGUUUCAACUCA